GACGUAGGGAUGUUUAAAUUCGACGCCGAACGUCGUCAGGCGUCAUUGGCAUGCACGAAUGUCGGAGCAAGAUAAUUGAGAACUGUGAUAUUCAAUUAAUCGGAAUAAUAAACGAGUUGUAUAAGGAAAAAUGUUGAGACAGUGUAUUUCACGAUCGUUAAUGUUGCAACGAACAAGAAAUGCGAUAAAAGCCGAAUCCUCGAGGAUGUUUUCGGUGAAAGGUAGCGAGUCUGGUCAGCAGCAGGAGAGUCCACGGGUUCAAGAAUUCAGAAAGAAACUAAGAGAACGCACGCCUAUUGGAAGGCUCGAGGAACUCGAAGAAGGUAAACAUCCCUAUCAGGAAAAGGAACCCCUUGAAAGGUUCCCUGAUGACACCAAUCCGGAGACUGGAGAAGUCGGUGGCCCGCGUGGACCUGAACCCACUCGUUACGGCGAUUGGGAGAGGAAGGGGCGAGUUUCGGAUUUCUAGUUAAGUGAAUUGAUUUUAGAAUUUCUUUGACAUAAUUAAUUGUUAGAACUCUGUACGCUGUAGUGAUUGAUUAAACAGUAGCCUAGCAACCGUGUUAAACAACGGUUCGAAUUAACAUGGAGAUCAACCCGUGCGUUUCUGAUAGGAUUAAUUGGAAGAUUUUAUAGUUGGAAAAAUAUGCAGGCAUUUCAGGGAAUUCCGAGCAGAAUUACAAUUGGCACGAUUUUAACAAGAGUACCUUGUAAAAGUCUAACAAGAAAUUUCUCACAAGGUACGAAAUAAUUUACUAGGGCAAAAUUGUUUUCUAAUGAUAAUAAAAUUUACAUGGGAAAAUAUCA